AUCUUGUUGACAACGGGGGAAGCCAACUAUUUUGCACAGCCGAGUGCAAAUCAAAUGUUGAAACAAACAACCGAACCCCAGCGAUUUUGGUUUGAGUUCUUUGUGGUGAGAAAACAAAUAUGAUAAAAUAUUGACUUAAUUUAGGAUACUGAUUUUUUUUCUUUCCUUUGUAACCAAUUACACAUGUUCGCAAACAUUUUUAAUGAAAUUGAAGCGCAGCUAUCUUCUUAUUAAUCUUAUUCUAAGUCUUAUCCCAGCCCAAUGCCAACAACCGAGAGUCCAAGCCAACUCAUCUCUACUGCAACUAAUAACUGAAUUACUCAGUUAACCUAUUAUGGACUAUAUGUCCAUAUUUUCUGCCAGAUCUACACUUACUGACUCCCCUUAACUAUUAUAAAUGAAUUUAUUUAAUUAAACUUUAACAACAGAAAAUUGUCACAGUCACAGCCCAAAGAUUUAAAUUUAAAAGAGAAAAUGAAAAAUUAUCAAAUAUAUUAAAAACUGUAUAUAUAACCCCAAGUGCAUGAUUACCUCACAAAGUGGCACUUGCAAUCAGUGAAAUGUCCUCAUCAACACCAGGCACAGAAAUAUUGCAAAUCCCCUCUGCAUGCAAAUGGGCCAUAAAGAUCAAUAAAUUGAUCGUGGGCCCUUAAUAUAUAGAAGAAGAAGAAGAACUGCUGUAAUCAGGAUUUUUUGGUUUUGUUGUUAUAUAACUUAAAGUUAGCUCCUUCACAACUGGCUGUGCUAAUUUUUUUUUUAUUCGGGGGAAAUUUAAAUCUUUAAUAACAAAGUCAGUAAGUGACUAAUACAUGUUGUUGUGUGUUUAUCCUAAUAGUAAUAGUAGCAUCAUGAUUUUUAGACACCAUUAAUUUUUUAAAAAAUUUAAGUCCUAAGAAAGACUAAAAGAAAUUAUUUUUAUUUAAAUUUAAGCCCUAAAACUAAUUGCCUUUGCCCUAAAACGAAUUUGCCAAAUAAAUCAUAAAUGAGUGAUUUAUUCUAAAAAUAAAGAUCCAUCCAAUCACCCCAAUCAUUAAAUCAUGAUUCAAUUUUGUUCAUUUAACAGGUGGAGAUGCUUUAUUGGCCUAUUAUGAUGUGCGCAUGAGUGAAGCCCCAUGUGUGGCAAGCAAACAACAAAAUAUGCUUUCCUUUGAUGAUGGUAAAUUAAUGUAUCUGUAUAUGCGCAUUAAAAAAAAAAUGAGUUUUUUAAGUGAACAUAUUUCAAGGAUUUUAUAUGAACACUGGAAUCAUCAGCCCCUUUUAGCCUACUUGUACAUAUCACAUGGCAAUAUAUAUUGUGUCACUAAUUAUAGUUGAACCCGGUCAUGUCACCGGCCCAGCAAUUUGCCAAAAAGGGUCAAGAUAACCUGUGAUAAAGAUAAACGAAAACCUACUUGGCGGCAAUAUAUUAACAUGUGCUUGAAAUUUCUUUAUGUGCUUGAUGUGCGUUAAUAAAUGAGAAUGUACAUGUUUUUGGAGUGUUUGUUUUUUACACAACACCGUUGACGCAAUUUGUUUGAUGAAGCGAUCCGAUGUAGAUAUUGAAAACAAAAUUCCGACAUAGGAACAAAUCAAAUGCUUAUUUUAUUCAAAGGUCAGAGCUAGAUCAUGUGAUACACAAAGUAGGUCAGGAAAAUACUAAAUUUUGCUUGAAAUUACUGGCGAUUGAAAGGUGCAGUUGCUUUCGUAAUUUUCUAUAUGACGUUAAGCUAUAUUUAUCUUUAAAUGGAAAAACAAGCUUUCCAACCAUACCAAAUACAUUAGGAUUGGUCGAUUCCAAAUACGUUACUUAUGACAUGGAUGUGGAUCGAAAUAACCGAGGAUAAGUGGCGAAUUUGGCCCCCUUUUGCGCUUGAGAUAUUUGCAUUUGGUGACAUAAAAGAAUGGACAUAACCAAUGAGAAAAUGCUAAGACAAAGAGAGAAAUUUGCGGCUCCACUUCAAAAACGACGACUUAAUAGAGUUGGUGAAUUAACCGAGGUCGAGAUAAGUGGGUUAGACUGUAAUAUUGUGUAAAGAAAAUGUAAUUGACAAGAAGUGUUAAACUGGUGUAUUUGAUUACACUGGUUUCUAGUAACUAUUAAAUCACUAUUGAACUUAAACCUGGGGUCAUUUAUGUGACAUUAAUAAUGACAGCAGAAUUUACAAGAAGUUUGUCAGCAUCAAAGAGAAGAAAAAAACUCUUAACGGUUAUAUCUCAUUUUGUAUAAGUUGUACUGCAAAAAAGUUAGCUCAUGAACUGUCUAGUACAUAUUGCUUUCUUACUUUAUCUGAGCUGACUGAUUUCAUUCUAUUUCCUGGAAUUUUUAGAUGGUUUCAAUGUAAGUGAGUGCGGGCCUCAACACAGCACACAAAAUAAGGUAACUGAAAAUCAGUCAAACUAUUAUUAUUAUGAGGAUAAAAAGUUUUGGGAGUCAUCAGUUCUAAUAAGUUUUAAAUGUCUAUACACUAAUAGAAGGCUUGAACUGGUAAAAACAAUUAUUAAAUUAUUAAUUUUUUAAUUUUGUGACCAAUAAAAAUUAAUAUGAAAACAAACAGAAGCUUUUACAUGUAAAGCUCAUUCACCUCUCAUCAUGCUUAGUUGUUUUAUUAUUUAAAUUUAACUUAUUCCACAACAGAGGUUUUAUAAUAGACGUUUCUUGUACUGUACAGAAUCAGCGGCCACAAUCAUCAACACAUGGGAACGUGUCUUCAUAUUCUCCACACAAGCCAAACCCAAAGGCGUCUCAGAAAAGAUGUGUCAGCAGACAGCAGCAGUCUGGCAGCAACUGCCAGGGCCAGGACUUCCAGGGUGAUGGCGGACUCGGCCGGGGAGAGCACAGCUCAGAUUCUGACACAUCGCUGCAGAGCAAUAAUGGCCUUGUCAAUACUAGGCCAUCUGCGGCAGAGGAAAACAUGUUGAAUCCUAACUGGCAUCGGAUACCUGAAAGCAUUUUGGGAGAAUUUGAAUCCUUUGGUAUACCUCAACAUCCGUCUGUCAACACUUGCAACAACAGCAGUGACAAAAAUCAAUCAAUGAAUGAUAAAAAGGUGUUGUGCUUUGUUUACAAAAGAUAAACUUUCAAACCAAUGCAUUAAGUGCUAGUUUCCAGAUUUUAUUUUAAGUGUUCAGGCUUUUUUUAUGAUUUUAAAGCAAUUGAAACUAUUUUAGAAUAGUCAUUUUCAUUUUUUACUUCAUCGGAAUCAUUUGUUUUUUAAAAAUAAUUUGUUUAUAAACUUUUUUACUUUAAAGAUUCCAACAAGCCAGGGUCUUACCUGGUACAUCACACAGAGUAGUAAAAUUGGUCAGAUUGGAGAUGGAGUGACAGAAGGCCCACCUGUGUCAGUGCAUAGUGAAGCCGUAUCAUGGAGUCCAGGAGUGAGUAUUCCGAAACCCUAACAUGCAAUGAAAUGCUUGAACUUAAAAGGGUAUCACUUUAGCUCGGGGUAGAUAGCUGAAGUCUUAAUUCACAGGUGGGAAGGGAUUUGCACGGGAUCAAGUGAUACACCAGUGGUGGAUACAUUGGGUAGAUUAGUUGUGUUUAAUAAUUUUAAAAAAUAGGUUUUAAAACCCCGAUUAGCAGAUGAAAUGCAGAGCUGUGCUCAUCUUGUACUUGAUCGAAGAGCCAAUCAUAUUUACAACAUCCAUAUUAUUUGAUACUCAAGGUGAAUAUAAAUCAUAUUACCUGUGUGUGCAAGUUCAAUGAUAUCACAUCACCACAUAUCUAAGAUUGCCUGUGUGUUCCAUUGCAUCACAUCACCACACAUAUAACUUUGCCUAUGCAUUCCAUGACAUCACAUCACCACACAUCUAACUUUGCCUGUAUGUGCUAUGACAUCACCAACAUUUAACCUUGCCUGCAUGUACCAUGACAUCACCACUCAUCUAACCUUGACCUAUGUGUUCCAGUCAACAGCUGUCUUCCUAGAGCAGGACAUUAUCAGCAAGCAGAGGCAUGAGAUUCAGAUCCUCAUGGAGGAACUCGGCACACGAGACCAGGAGCUCAAUGACCUUGUUUCCUCGCACCAGAAGCAGGUCCAAGCCUGGGAGCUUGAGCGGGAAAAAUACAUAUCCCUACAUUCUCGCUUGAGGAAUUAUGAAGGUACAUUUGCCAGCCAUGUGAUAGCAACACAAACAUUUAAAAAAUUGGUGAUGUGCUCAAUAAAUCAAGAUCUGUCUAUUUUAUUUUUAAAUGGAGCAGGGAAUAACCAUAGGGAUGUUUUUAAAUUUCCAUAAUAAUUUAUAUCUUGUUAAGACUUGCAAGUAUCUAGUAAACGUGACAUGCAGAGAUUGUACACAACAGUGUCAGUAAGUGUUUAAACUGAUGGCAUUGUGUGUACAGGGAAAAGAAAAAACAUUCAACACUUUGCUUAUUUGACUUGUUUUGUUAGAUGACAUUCAGUAGUAGACAUUUGACUAACCACACUGGUGUCAUUCAGCAUUAGACAUUUUACUAACCACACUGGUGUCAUUCAGUAAUAGACAUUUAGCUCACCACAUUGGGAAAUUUCAUCAUCAGCUGAACACUAUGAUUCCAUUUUUCAGAUGAGCUAAUCCGAAGUGACCGCCAGCUCAAAGAGGCUCUGGCAGAGAUGACUCGAGUCAGUGAGCAGAGGGACGCAGAUGCUAUGGAGUUCAAACGAACACAGGAUGAGAUGGAAAAGCUGGCCGACCGGAUCAAAGAGAAUUCCUUGUAUAUUAAAGAUAUGGAGGUAAUUCAUGAAAGGAUGACUUUUGUUUGUCACUCUUGAUCCUGCUUUCUUUUCGCUAUAUCCAUAAAAAAAAAAAAAAAAAAAACUUCUGAUAUCUAACAGCAGUUUGACAUUCCUAUUGCUGUUCUCUACGAUACUACUUUGCAGCUAAGUGUUUUGUUAUUUUAUAUCGUCUUUAACUGCUCUUCAUUCCCUGUUGUUUGUUUAUGCAUAGAUGAUGAGUUGGGUGCUGGGUGGCCGAGUGGUCUAAACUAAGCAAAUCUCAAUUUGAUGGUCUGGAGUUCAAUUCCAGCCGGAGCCCAGUCAAGCAAAAAAUCACUAGCACCCCGGGUGGAUGGGACUCGUUAACCUUAGAUGGCACUCAUCUAAGAGAAGGCAACUCUGAAAUCAAACCAGGAGAUGGAGUCCCGAAAGGCGGAUAACAUUGAUAUAACAUUCCGACAAUUCCUGCGACGUCACUGGUGCCAAGCUGUAUCAUCGCGUGGAGAGAGGCGAUUUGCUGUUGGGAACCAGCUUAAAAUCCCAGGCCAUGUGGAUUUCGUCCUCCGAAACCCACUAUAUCGUCACAUUGUGACGGACGGAUGCCAGCAAAAAAAAAAAAAGAUGAAGAGUUGGCUUGCCAUUCUUAUUUGUUAUGGAUUAUAUAAAAUCCCAGGCCAUGUGGAUUUCGUCCUCCGAAAACCAAUAUAUCGUCACAUUGUGACGGACGGAUGCCAGCAAAAAAAAAAAAAAAGAUGAAGAGUUGGCUUGCCAUUCUUAUUUGUUAUGGAUUAUCACUCCAAUGUGCUUUAAUAUAAAUAUCCUCCUCUACAGCUCCUAGAGCUGAAAUUUGAUGUACACUUUAGUCUGGUGAAGUAUUUGUACGAAUCAAAACUUGGUGGACUGCAGAUUUACCUAUUUCAAAAUAUAUGCAUAGCAUUUUCCAAAAUAUACAGUAUUGAAACCUCUGCAUCUUGAAUAUUUGUGUAUGUUUGUUCAACAGUGCACAGCUUCAGCCACGACAUGUUCCCAGUAGUGAAAAGGAAGAUAUGUUGUUGUUGGGCAUUUUUUGGUUGGGAAUGGUUCUCUCAAUGGAGGAAAAAAUAUUAAUAGUUAAGGAUUAUUUUUGGUUAUUUAUAAAUGAUCGCAACGGAGAGUUGUGUGUGACAAAAUUUGGUAGAACAAUUUCACGGGAGAUAAGACGGCACUAAGUAAUAAAAUUUUGAAAAUGUUUAUUUUUAACUAUAGGUAGAUACAGCGAACAACUGUAUUUUUUUUUGUUUUUUUUUUUGUCUAACAGUUUCAGAAUAAAGCCCUAAACAGUUCCAUCAAGGAUUUGAUGUCCACCCGCAAACAUCUGGAGAAAAGAGAGCUUGAUCUUUUAAAGCUGAUUGAAGAGAAGGUAAGCAAAUUUUUGACGUGCUGCAAGUGCCAGCAUUAUUUCCCCUCAUUUUCUUUUAAACGUUUUUCUUGACUUUGGUUACAAAAUAUAGCAACUUUUCAAUUAUUUGUGGCACUUUGGACUACAUUGCUUAAUAUAAACAGUGUUGAUGGCUGUUUAGAAUUUCAACCUACUUUACUAAAGCCACCUAAAGCUUCUGUGUUAACUUUCUUCUAGACAAAAAAUGCAGUCAAAAUUUUUCGCAAAAAUAUAUUCACCAGAAAAGCCAAUAUAGACAAUACUAUAAAAUGAUCUAAUCAGGAAUGUAGUCUAAGUGAGAAGAGGAUUGAAGGGAGCAAACUGCGAGAUCACAUCCAGUUUCUGGAGCGUCGGUGUGAAGAACUGGAGGAGAAAAAUGUCAACCUAACGACAGAGUCCAGUGCCUGGAAGAGGAAGUACUGUCAGGCCAAAGACGAGGCUGAUAAACUUCUCAGUAGGUCAUUGGCUAGUUUGUUUGUUUUUUUAAAUGAAAUGGUGCUUCGUGGGCAUUAACCAUCCCUUGCCUCUCGCUGGCAUGACAAACUUCACGUACAAACAAUUGUACUUAAGCAACAUGCAUCUGAUGUAUAUAUGUCAUCAUAGUUAUUUCUUCCACCAUCAUUGAAUUUUACCUUACUAUUCUAAAUAUUUUCUGGCUUAGCUUUUACUGAGAAACAAAGUUUUUCUUAUUCCAGUGGGUGCACAAUUUCUCCAUUUUUUUUCAUGUAGAAAAUAAUCUUUUCACUUACACAUUCAUUUAUCUGGUCAUUGUUAUUAUUGCUGGUCAUUAUUUCAUAUAUAAAUGAAAACCUUGUUGACAUGAAAUAUUAUCAUCAGCUGCCAAUGGCCAAAAAGAGGAUAAUAUUCAGAAGAUGACCCAACAGUUGCAUGAGUCCCUCCAACAAGCCAUAGCUCUGCAGAAGGCUCUGUUCACCAGCUGUAAGUGUCCAACUCAUUUUACUGCUACUCUAUAACAAUCAGGGUUGAAAGCGUGUGCGCCAUUCUGACAUCAUAGAAUAGGCUCAAAUACAUAGAGGUGGAAAAUAGCUUUAAGUAAUUAUGUUAAUUUUUUUUUUUUAAAUAGUUAUGAUUUUUUUUUAUCUCAUAAAAAAUGUGAAGUUAAAGAUGUGGUAAGAAAUCAAAGUAUAUGCCUAUAUGUCAAUGAAUGAAGAAUACAAGAUUUUUUUCAAAAGUUAAAACCGAAUUUGGUGAACAAACUUUCCUUGUUUUUUAAAGUUUUUUCCAUCCCGUGUCAUUGUACCUCAGAGCAUAUAUUAAUAUCUAAUGAAGGUUGUUGUUUUUUAAAGUUUUUCCAUCCCGUGUCAUUGUCCCUCAGAGCAUAUAUUAAUAUCUAAUGAAGGUUGUUGUUUUUUAAAGUUUUUCCAUCCCGUGUCAUCGUCUCUAAGAGCAUAUAUUAAUAUCUACGAAUGUUGUUGUUUUAUCUCAGGUGAGAGGGAAAAGUGCAAGGAGGAAGUGAUGUAUUCUCUACGCAAGCAGCACAAGAGAACUAUGCAGGAGUUACAGAAUAUCCGAGAGGUAGAACUGAAAAUGAGAUUAAUUCCCAACAUGCCUCAAAAAGUGGUUUUUUUUAAUUAAUGGAGGGAAAAAUUGUAGUGGGUCCAUUAAAAAACUUUUUUAUCCACGUUUUUUUUUUUUUUUGUUUUUUUUUUUCGAAUAUCACAAUCAUGUAAAUGUUUUUCUUUUAAAGCUGUAUGAUCGCCAGAAUCGUGACAUGACCCUCUACCACCUGAGCGUCAAGGAAAAGGAGACAAAGGAGGCACAGAAGAAAAUUGACGAGGAUUUCUUGAGGAUGAAACUGGAUGAGGAGAAACAGAGCAAGCGAGAAGGGGAAUGCAUGAAUCAUGUAGAUAAUAAAUUUAAGAGAGACAAAAAUAUGAGGUAAGCACUCCACUGGCAGACGCAUGCAUAAUGGUGGGCCUCAGCAACAAGCACACAGAUGUUUACAAGUCAAAAGUAUAUAUAUGCCAUAACUUUCACACACUUAGGAAUGUCCUACUGCAUCACACGCACACGCUAAUGAAAGUCACAUCUCUUUUAUGAUUUUUAAAAAAGGAUAUUUUUUAUAAACAAUAAAUGCCUUAAAAAAUGCACUGUGUUUAUUACAUUAUGUAAUUUUUUUUUAAUUUGGAAUUUUUAAACAUUUUUGAGUUAUUUUUACAAGUAAUAAACUAUAGAAUGGCAAUUUCGCACAGCAGUUAUCCUUCAAAUUCAGUAUUGUUAAGGAAAUAGCCUGUUGCUUCUGGCCAAACCUUACAAAUCUCAUGACUUUUAGAAGCCCCUGGACCACAAUAUAGUUAGCCUUUCUUUACCAUGAUUUAAUGGGCAUUUUAAAAAAAUUCAAUUGCGUUUGGGAGUAAUGUUAGUUUUUUUUAAAAUCACUGACGAUGUAUAAAACAAUCGUAGAAGAAAUUUUAGUGGAUAAUUCAACAGAGGACAAGCGAUAAGUUGCAAGAAUGUGAAAUGGUUUAUUAAAAUGAAGCAAAAUUUAUCAAGCUGGAUUUUCUGGCUCAUGUUUAUUGCAUGCAAGUAUUGAUCUAAACUUAACCUGCGUAGUAUGUUUCUAAAUACAUUUUUAACAUAACAAACUUAAAUUUGCUGUAAUCAUGACAUUUUGAGCAAUACUCCAAAGGAUAAAGAGGGAUCAACAUUUAAUGACAGUUUAAUGAAUUUAAACCCAAUUUUUUUAAUGGAUCUUAUUCGUCUUUUUUUUUUUUUAACAUCAACAUUCAUGGAUACUUCUAAAGUAUUUUUUUUUAAAUUAAGCCCUUUAGUUUUAUGGAGAUUUAUCAUUAAUUGUUCUCAUUUUCUUUUCAUGACUUUUCAACUUUGGUUUCACAUAUUUUUUAAAAAAAUAGUUUUGCAGUAGUUAACGUUGCUUUUUAUCAUUUUGUAGAAGUUAUCUUCAACUGACUUAAAAAAUUUAUUUAUUUUGAAGCAUUUGCUGAUUCUUGUUUUCUGUUGUAUUUAUAUUAUAAAGGUUUGUUUUAAAAAAUUCAUUUUUUUUUUUUUUUACUUAUUUGUGUAUUUGACUGAAGUCCUGUCUUUAUUUAUUUUUAAGCAUUUGCUGAUUUUUUUUUUUUUUUUUAUUUAUAUUAUAAAGGUUUGUUUUAAAAAAUUCAUUUUUUUUUUUUUUUUACUUAUUUGUGUAUUUGACUGAAGUCCUGUCUUGAUCAGUUCCCACAAGGACAGGCCACAGUUGAGCAUUCAAGAGAGUGAGGACAGCACUUGCUACCAGGUCAAGGUAAAAAAAGAGUGCCAGAUUCCGAGCUGCCAAGAUAGGGGGGAUGACACGGAGGUCAUCGAAUCUCCAACGUACACCUCCCAUGAGAAGAACAUUCACACCAUACGUUGCCGAAAUGUGGCCACUAUCACGAGUAGCACAACACAGCUCUCCGACGAUAGGGAAACUUCAAGCUGCAGGUCAGUGUCAACGUAUUGAUUUUCAGACUUACUUUAAACUUCAUUUGCAGGUAGACUAUUGAUAUGAAUUCCUCGUAUUGUGAGAGGUUGCUGCAUCUGACCUGUAAUCUUUGGCACAAUGCUGAUACAAAUUUAUCAAUGUUUAAAAUAUAAUAUCUAACAUGAUAUAAACUAGACAACCUGUAGUGAUCAUUAUCCCUAUCAUCCUACCAACACACCAUCUCACCAGCCCUACACGCCCUCCCAUCUUCCACAUCAACCCCCAUCCACUCUUGCUUCUUUAUUUAAUUUCCCUAACUCCUCGGACCCCCCACAUUAAUAAAGGACAUUAAAUAUUUUUUCCUCUACAUUUCUUCAAUUUUUAUUUCAUAUCUUUCUAUCAAAUAGAGGAAUAAAUAGUACAGGGUUAAAACCUACAAGAUUUUGGUCAAUAUUUCUGAGUGUAUCUUUCAUGUACAGCAGAUUUCCCUGACCUACAUAAUAAAAUGGCUUUAUCUGUGAAAUUUUGGCUCAAAAUUUUAUUCAACUUACUUAAUUAAAAUUAUAGCUGCCUGAAAAUCCAAGAAAAAAAGCACCGUUUGUGUUCACUAGCUUAAAUUAGUUCAGUUCUUAUAUAUAUAGAGUAUAGAUGUUAUUCACCUAUAUAAUAAAUUAAUACAUUUCAAAGGUCAAGGUCACGAGCUCUCACCAGGAGUGGCAUGAAAAAACAACCAUCUUUAUCUGAGUCGAGCUGCACUCAAAACAUUUCUAAAAACGCAGACAACAGAAGUGUUCGCAGCUGCUCGGACUCACGGUCAAGUGACGCCCAGGCACGCCUGCCAAAGAAGGCCACCAGGUCAAGGACCACCUCUCCCAUUCUUACCUGUUACCCCAGUCCACAGAAAGGGAAGCAAGUGAUGAAGAACACCUUUAAGCGGGACGAGUCUUCCUCUGACGCCAGCCAUCUUGUGUCACCCUCAAAGUUCGAGGAUGAGUUGACUCCGGCCGACAGCGAUGGGAUGUGUCAUGAGCUUAAAAGAGGUUUUUAAUUAAUUUUUUUUUUUUUAAUAAUUUUUUUUUUUUUAUUUGUUUUAAGAACAGUAUGGGCGCACAAAAAUCUUGGUUAUGUACCUGGGUUUCAAUGUUAAAUUCAUGUGUUGACGAAAAAUACUUUUUAUCAAUAGGCAAUAGGCUCGUAAAUACAUUUUAAAUUGGUGAAUCUCUUGUAUUAGAGUAUUUCUCUGCAUAAGGUUCUUGUACAAUUACAUUGUCCCUGGUGGUACACAGAGAUGUAAUGCAUAAAAAAUACUGAUAUCCAGUCAGAAUAACAAAAUAUUCUCACUGGGAUUCAUGCAUGUUUAGUGUUAGACUAUCUCAGGGGCACAUCUUUAAAAUAGUUUGAAAAUAACGCAUGGUAAGCACCUGCUAGAAAUAUUUGCACUAUUUAUAAUAAUUGAUCAUUCUAUAAGCUUGGUUUACAAUUGCUUCUUUACUCUAUUUUACCAUUGUUUUUUUUGGUCUGCUUUUGUUAGAGCUACUACCAUCAUUUCUAUAGUUCGAUGUGACAUAGUUUCUAUAGUCUGAUGUAACAUUGUUUCUAUAGUCCGAUGUACCGGUACCAUUGUUUCUAUAGUCUGAUGUGUCAUCAUUUCUAUAGUCCAAUGUACCAUUGUUUCUAUAGUCCGGUGUGCCAUUUUUUCUAUUGUCCGAUGUACCAUUGUUUCUAUAGUCUAGUUAACCGUUGCUUCUUUAAUUUGGCUGUCCAUUGCUCCUAUACUUUGGUUUGCCAUUUUAUCAGUAGGGUUGUUUUUUUGGGGGGGGGCUAGUUUAGAAGAUACAUGCCUUAAUGUAAGUUGUUCUGUCUUGCCAUCUAUUAGAAAUGGACUGUUGUGAAUAAACAGAAGCUGAUUUCUCUUCAUUUUUAAAAUCUUUUCAUUCCAGAUAUUUCUCGUAUUGGCGCAGAAAAAUUUGAUGUGAGCCCAAUGCUGGAAAGCAAACAGCUGCCACAGGAAACUAAAGUCCCCUCAAAAGGGUCACCUAAAUCGUCAAUCUUGAACCCUCGAAGAAGCAGCUUUUUAAGGAAGGACAGAAUUGAGAAGAGAAUUUCAUUCAGUGCCGAUGACGAGGGCACGCCGACCCCCCGCGAAUGUCAAAAGAAGAAGUCGGUGGAGUUCUGUACGAAAAGCGACCACUCUGGAGCGGCCUGCGUGACGGACGAUUCACCAGACACGGUAGCUCUGUCACCAUGUGCUUUCAAGAACGAGUGCUCCCACAAUUCACCAGUUUGUUUGAAGCCCUGCAGAGAUUCUUACGGCCCCGCCAGAGACCCCCCUGCCCUUUCAAAGGAACCUUGUGUCGUGGUCAGGGAACCCCCCAGCUUAUCCAGGGUCUCCUGUGCCCGCCCGACCCCGUGCAGGGAUCCACCAGCCCAAGCCAAAGAUCCCUGCGACGCAGGCAAAGAGAGUCAGUGCCCGGGCCGGAAGUUCAUGUGCUUAGUGAAGGCGCCAUGUCUAAAUACUGAGGGCCACCCUGCCGCAGCAGCACCACCUGCUGCUGUCAAACCUUCGCCUAGCAUUGAAAGCACACCCGCCGAAAAAAAAGCCUUCCUCGAUACAUUCAAGCCGUCAUUCCACGAGAAGCAGUUCACAUUUCUAGAGCCGAAAUAUCCAUUUUCCGAUCAGAAAACUAGUGAACAUGAAUCUUCUUCCGUGGACCACGUCGCUGUUGGCGGCGAGAAAAAAUCUCCCUCUCAAUCCAGCAUCCCAUCAAGCAGGAGGAAAUCAUCCCAGCAAGACUUCCAGCCCGAGGAGAGAUCUUUCUCACGUGAUCGCUUGCCUUCAAGCGAGAAGAGGCACUCAUCCACAGAACCAAUCUAUAGGUCAGAGCGAAGAUCCUCCAGUAGAAGGAAAACAGUCAGUGAGAACAAACUAACCUCUGGGAGGGUCUCCCCUGAUGAAGCCAGGUCUUCGCUUGACCCGAGCAAAACGUCAGUGUCGGAUCCCAUGCACGUCUCUGAUGAGGAGAGAAACUCUGAAGUCGAGGUUAUCUUUCAGGACCUUUCCUCUGGUGACCAUGAGACAGCACUCGACACCAAAUCUUCAUCUUUUGAACACAUACCAUCAGCCCAUGAUCGCAAGUCUUCAUUGCAUGAUCGCAAGUCUUCAUUGCAUGAUCGCAAGUCUUCAUUGCAUGAUCGCAAGUCUUCAUUGCAUGAUCGCAAGUCUUCAUCGCAUGAUCGGAAGUCAUCGUCCCAUGAUCGCAAGUCUUCAUCCUAUGAUCGCAAGCCAUCACUGCGAGAGCGUAAACUUUCAAGCUAUGAACGUCGCCUUUCAUCAAUUCAUGAACGUAAAUCCUCAUCCCUUGACACGAAACCCUCAUCACAUGAACGCAUGCCCUCUUUCCAUGAUCGCCAAUCGUCAUUCCAUGAUCACCAAUCAUCAGUCCAUGAUCGCCCAUCAUCAGCCCAUGACCAUCAGUCAUCACUCGUUGAUCCUCAAUCAUCAUAUGAUGACAACCCUGUGUCAAUUCAUGACCGCCAAUCAUCAAUCCAUGAUCGCCAAUCACCAGUCCAUGAUCAUCAGUCAUCACUCGUUGAUCCUCAAUCAUCAUAUGAUGACAACCCUGUGUCAAUUCAUGACCGCCAUUCAUCAAUCCAUGAUCGCCAAUCAUCAGUUCAUGAUCCUCAAUUAUCACUCCAUGAUCGCCAAUCAUCAAUCCAAGAUCACCAAUCAUCACAUGAUCAUCAGUCUUCAUUCCUAGAUCCUCAAUCAUCUAUCUUUGAUCACCAAUCAUCAAUCCAUGACCCCCAAACUUCCAUCCAUGAUCGCCAGUCCACAAUCCAAGAUCGCCAAUCCUCAUUCCAAGACCGUCAAUCAUCACGCAAACCUUCAUCCCAUGAACGCAGAUCUUCUGCACGUAAGUCCUCAUCUUAUGAACGUAAACCUUCUUCCCAUGAGCGUAAACCAUCAGCCCAUGAUCGCAAACAAUCAUCACAUGGCCGUAAAUCCAGGGAAAAUGUUCAUAAUCCCCGUCAGAGCAGUGUGUCGUCUACUGAGAUAACGUCUUCUGAGCGGAAACCUUCAAGUGAGAAGCGAUUGUCCAGACACAGCCAUAAGGCAGGAAUUAGAAAACAAUCACCCGUUUCUCGCAAGUCGAGCUUGAAGAAGGUUUCCAUGGUUGAUCUGGUGGACACACCUGAGGACAGCAGGUCCUCAUCUAGUGAGGACAAACCAUCCGUUGUGGAACGGAAGCCUUCAGUGAAGGAGAAACACUCAGUUCAUGAGAGGGUCCCCACUUCCAUCAUUAGGAACAAGUCUCCGUCACCUGAGCAGAGACGUCCAUCUAGGGACAGCAAGACAUCACCAUUGGUAAUGGUCUCCCCAUCUGUUCGGAGGAAGCAUUCUUCACACGCAAAGAGGAGCUCAUCAAAGCACUGCCACAGCGGUAGGUGCACCCCUGAGCAAAACCCACCCUCCAGGAAAGCAUCAUCGGAUCAAGUCAAGUGUGAAGGAUGCUGUGUGGGAAGGAAAUGUUGUGACAAGAAAUGCUGUGUUGAGAAGAAAUGCUGUUCUCAACACCAGAAUUGCAAGACCAUGAUGUGGUGUACAGAAAUCCCCCAGUGCCCUUCCAAGACAUGCUGCCACAAGCACUCUCCCAGAAGAGUUACCUCAAACUCAAACAGUGGAGUCAUCCCCAGAUCCGUGGAUAAGAAGGUCUCAUACCUUGACUCUUCGGUCUCACCCCAAAAGCCAGGCAGUGAAAGAUUCACGGAGAAAAGCUCACACUCUGCAAUGCAAGAGUUGCAAGUGUCCCCCGUUGUUGUCAUGAACUACCCUGCUUCCAAGGAGGCGGGAGAACCCCAGAAUAAGAUCAGUCUGAAGAGCAUCUCGCCCCGGCCAGGUGUCCCGCAGCGAAAGGGAAAGAUGAAGAUCACUGUAGAGUACUCGGAUGAGGAGGCCAACCAGAAGGCUGACAGCAUUGGCAACUCCAGUAUCGGCACACAACAAGGGGACAUAACCAACAUUACCUCACUCUGUAAACCCAAGACCCAAACCUUCAGUGAGUGCCUUAAAAAAUGCAGAAGCAAUUUCCUGAAGAAUGAGUCUGACCUGGCUGAACACCAUGGCAUCUACUCCUGUAAGGACAGCGACAUCCUCAAGCAUAUUGAAACCAUACAGUCGGCAGGAAAGCGUUUUACACCCAACACCCGCAGAAUAACACAUUCCAUUAUCAAUGAUAAGUAUAGAUAUGGCCGGCCCUCCCACCGGUCCUUCCGUGAGGAUUCUCUCACCAGCCAGAACAGCAUUUUUGACACCGUUUUGGAUGGUCGUCCCCAUAAAUACAAAACACCAAGGGUGGACCCGUUCCUAGGGCAGCAGUCAUACUCCAAGGUUUGUUCCACAAUUCUCCCCACAGAUGUGGGCUUGUAUCUGUCCCAGCAGCGAGGCCUGUAUUGCAACAACAACAAAUCACUGGACAGCCAAUCAGAUGCUGAGAAUUUCAGUUCAAACAAUAAGGUCAAGGUUGAACAUUUGUUGGAGGGACAAAAAAAGACUGGAGAUACAAUUACAGUGGAGAACCAACAAGAGAAAUUAGACGGAAAAAUUGCUCCAUCAAAUUUCUCUAACAACCCUAGUGACCACCAGAAAAAUAAAAUGGAAGAUGUUCAUUCCGAAGAUGCUGAUGACGAUAGUGUGAAUUGUAGCCAUAAUGUUGAAAGGAUGUCAGAAACGUCCUCCCAGAGUAGUCCUACGGAAAACGGCCACAGAGAGCGGAAUUAUUUCUACAGUGAGGCCACAAGCACUGAGGAAUACUCUUCAUCUGCUGAAGCCAAGACUUCAGGAAGUGGAAUUAUUGGACCAGUCACUGUGCCCAUUUCCAAACCCUUCACAUCAACCAAGGGGCCAUCUCUCUACAAGCAGUUGUCACAGAUCCACUACUCCGAGCAGACGCGGAGGUAUGAAUGGGUAGAGCCCACCGGGGACAGGGCUGAGUUUUACACAGACAAGACUGUGAACGUUGUGUUGAAAAGUGAAGACCGGACAUCCCCGGGGUCACACACAAACUAUGAUAAUAACACAGGACCUAAGCUGCAGCCUAAUGUUGUGGACGAAACAAAGUCAAACUCGUCCAGUGAAUCUCUUCUGAUGCGGAAGAGCUCAGACUCUGGACUUUACAGCUUGGAUAAGCAGAGUUUUGAUCGCUGUCAUAGCAACAAGACUAACAACUGUAAUCCUUUGAAAGAUGUGCUGCCCUUGUCCCAUUUCGCCCGUGUGUACAAUCAGAACAAUAACAGUUUUUGUUGUGAACCUGCAUGUGUUGCUAGAGACCAUCAGUGUAGGGCUGGUGACGCCCAGUGCCCAGCGAGGGAUCUUACUAUGACCUGUCAUCAUCAGAGUACGGAGGAUGCCACCCAGUAUUCAGACGGUGGCCCUCUCUGUGUGCCAAGUGACCAUUCCUGGCAAGAUUCCAGUUUAAGUGAGCCUGGCGUUGAAUGUGGUGAACAUCUGAUGCCCAGCCACGUCCCAGAUCCCAUUGUCAGACGGCUCAACUUUGAUGACAUGUCUUUGAAUGACAGCAUCAUGCCAAAUCCCAAAGUGAUGACACUCACUUAUGACCCCUAUUGUGACCCCUGCAGGGAUAAACCAUUGUACAAAGGAUCAAAGCUAGGGAACGGGCAAAGCAAAGAAAUCCAGGGUUUGGGAGAAGACAUGAAGAACCCAUGCUGUAAACAUGACCAUGAUGAACUCUGUGGGCCUGAACAAAUCCAUUUUUUCUUGAAUGACAGGAAAAGUAAUAUACAAGGAUUUCUUGAUGAUGAUGAUGAUGUCAUGGUGGAGGACCCGGGUGGCCAUUUAAACAGUUCGGCCAUCGGAUCUGAAAGUGAGUCUGCAAACAAUCCACCGACAAGUCUGCCGGAAUAUUUCAAGGACAUCUCCACUCUGCUUGCUGAUCCAAAUGAUGACAGAUCCGUUGCAGAUGAGGAUGAGCUGUGUCAAGAUGGCGAUGAUUGUGAUGACUCUUCUUUGGUGAAACAUCUCAAACCGAAUGUCAAUCUGGUGACAACUGAAUACCAAACCGUUGAGAAAGAUGAGUGUUGGUACUUGAAAGAUCCCCCAGAGAAGCCCAUCUCUCAGGCAGACACUCAGACACACGCAGACUAUGGGGAAAAGGCUGAUGCCAGUGUUAAUCCUCAUAAAAGCAUAACUGUGAUGAACCAGGUUUCCCUAGGGAUGGUCAGGGACACUCAUGUCCCUAGGGAAAUCCCCCGCCACAACUUGAUUUCGUCCACUGUUAAACAUUACAACAUAAUGAAUCCAGAAUGGCCAGAUUCUCAGCUGGAAGACACGAGGGACAGCAACUCUUCCACACUUCCCUACCAGAGCAACCCAAGAGUGCCCCACUGGGUUUAUGAGGAAUCUGAGGACGCAGCAGCUAAUCAUUUUGAUGAGAAGCUCUCCAGCUUUCUUGAGGACCCAUCCCAUGACUUUGGCAGAAAUGAAGUGUUAUGGGUAUGUUCACAAUUUUUUAAAAUCUUUCUUAGGACACGAAAUAGCUACCUUUUUUGUGUGAAGUGAUGCAUGGAAGAUGCAUGUUUGUAAGUAAUUUCUUUGAAUCUUCAGUUUCAGACAAUAAAUUCAACAAAUUCUUUAAAAAUCUAAAAUGAUUAUAUCUGUAGUGAGUUGAUAAUUAAUAGAUAACAUCAUUAAUUUUCAAAAGUGUCAUAGAUAAUCAUUCACGCUUUGUACAUCUUCCGAAAACAAUUAUCUGGUUCUGGGCGGAUUAAAUCUAUCAGCGGGCCCAAGUUUGCACACUUCUUUCUUAGGGGACUGCAUUUGUUCCAUAGUUUUUUCUUGACAAUUAAAAGCAGUAAAGAAUAUUAUAGAAAUAGAUAGUUUCAUUGACCUGUUCCAUUGUUAUAGUUGACUGGAGGGUGGUGAAAGAGUCUGAAGUUCCACAAAACCAGCCCUGUGAACCAUAAGCUUGAGUCUGCUUAGGACCCCAGUAGGACUCAGCACAUCGAAAUCAAGAAUUUUUAAUUUAAAAGAACAUAUAGGAGCCAAAAUUAUCAAUAAAUUGAUCGUGGGCCCUUAAGAUAUAUAAGAAAAAGAUUUGUAUUAUGCACUCAAGCUGUGUUCUUAAUUUGUUUACAUUUGGGAUCAGGGAAUGGUAGGGAUAAAGGUAAGGAAAAUGAGGUUUGGCCUCAAGUUGUACACCAACUGGAACCUGUGACCUUGACCUGCUUUAUUUAUGUAUUUAGGUCAUGCAAGGCAGGGUCAGAUCAUCCAGAAGGCAAUGUGUACAACAUGACCAGUUUCUACAAGGCGUAAAGGGGGCCCAGGCUUGAGGCCCCUGCAUAUUAUUGAUUGCUCUGCAUUCAUAUCCAUAAAUGGGCAUUGUCAUAUAAGGCCUGGCCAUUGGCCGAAAAUUGAUUGUGCCAGGGCCUCAGAAAGUUUUGAUCCGAUCCCGACGCAAUGUAUCUUUGUAUAUUUAAUACACUGCAUGUUUAUCAUGUAUGCAUAAAGUACAUUACAAGGUCGAAAUUCAUGUACAAAGCUUACUAACUAUAAUUAUAAACACAAAUGUAGUACUUUUGCUCUAACUAAUUAAGUGUCCUAAUUCUUAAAUCUAAUUUCUUUGCUUGUUCCACUUGUCUAAAUACUAUUUCUGAUAUUUCCAACAUUGGUUUUGCUUGCUGUGUUUCAGAAUGCUUCUCUACAUCACCUGCCUCCAACAUCACCAUCCACUAAACUCUACAAGUUGCUGCUACAGUCCCAAGAACUGCUACAUUCCCUUGAGCAAUCAUCAGCCAUUCCCGAGGCCUUAAGGAUAAAGGUCAGGAUAGUUGUUGUAUUAUUUGUUGUUGUUUUUUUUUUUUUUUGAAAUGCCAAUCAGUAGUCCAAGUUUAGUUGCAUUUUCAGAAGUUACAGAGUAAAAGUCUGACCUAAGAAGACCCGAGUUAACAUAAUCAGUGUAGUGACUAAGAUCAUGCUCACACUCGGAGAAUUAUAAUAAUUAUUCAGGUCACUGGAAAGGAUUAAAUACUACUUUUUUUUUUUAAUUAGACUUUUUUUUUUUAUUUAUCAGCCCUUGUUUGACUUGUUUAUAAUUUAAGUCGGAGCAUGAGCUGCAGCUUUUGGGGGUCUGAAGGAUUGUAGAGAAGUAUGGUUUGGGAAAGGGGCAGGGGGAGUGGGGGGGUAAUAGUGGAAACUUUUCUGGUAAUCAGAUAACGAAAUAAAAUAAAAACAAAAUUAACAUUCCUUUCCUCAGUCAACUUUAACAGAUUAUUUUAUUUUAAAUAUUGCGUGCCAUAGAAUUAAUUAGAAUUUAAGCCAGGCUUAGUGAAGAAAAAUAUCCAUGGCUUUUUUUUUUCUUUGUUUUGCAACAUUAUUGUUGAGAAAUUUGACAAACUCAAGUCUUCUGGAAACUUUUCUAUAUUGAAAUUCCUUUUCUUUUUUAAACAAUGUCAUCUCUCUUUUUUUUUUUUUUUUUCUUUUUAGAAAAAAAAAAUGAAAUUUUUUUUGUUGUUUUUUUUGUUUUAUUUGUACUUAUAAGAAAAAAACAAUGAAAUGUAUUUUGUUGCUUUUUAUGUUUUGUGUUCCGGGAGAUUUAAUAAUUAUAAUGUUUAUUUUAUAUAUGUUAUUUAUAUAUAUAUAUAUAUAUAUAUAUAUAUAUAUAUAUAAAUAUAUAUAUGAGAGAUGACUGCAUCCUGACAGUUAUUCAAACAUUUUUCAGAAAUUUUAUUCAGUGUAAAUUAUAUAAAAAGAUUGACAAAUUACUACAAAACAUAAUCAUUUCUUGCCUUCAGGUUGCUGUGUCUUCCAACCGCUGUCUAUAGCAGCCAAUGAGAUCCAACCUCUACCAAUAGUAGCCAAUGAGAUUCAACCUCUAUCAAAGCAGCAAAUGAGAUCCAACCACUGUCAAAAGCAGCCAAUGAGAUCCAAGUGCAUGCACAUAUGCAUCACAUUAGUUAAAACAUCAAAAGAAAGCCAGUGACCUCUGACAUCAUAACUUUCAUCUUUCAUGUCUUGUAGGGCAAACAGUAGGCUACAUGUAUCGUGACACUUGGGCAAAAAGUACUUGCAUUGUGCCAGGGCAAAUCAUACAUGUAUUGGUACACCCUGGCAAAUAGUAUUUUUCAUCGGUACACGAGGACCAAUAGUACAUAUGGUGGCUUUUUAUAGUAAUCGGACACUAGCGCCCAAAAAAUGUGAUAGUACCCUAGGGCUAAGAGACAGUGGUUAGUACCCUUGGGCAAGUACACAAGAAUAGUACUAAGCACAUUUUAAAGCACCCUGGAGCAGACAGAACAUUGGAAAAUUAUCUAGGAUGAACCCAAAGUCAUUUAACAUGGCACGGAGAGUCAUUCAUAUUUUAUUUCUGCUGUUACUGUUGUGUUAGACCUUUAAUCACACUGCGCAAAGUAACUGAUAGUUUUAUUUCCACUUGUGCUAGACUGGUAAUCACAGUGCAAAGUAACUGACAUUUUUAUUUCCACUUGGGUUAGACUGGUAAUCACACAGCGCAAAGUAACUGAUAUUUUAUUUCCACUUGGGCUAGACUGGUAAUCACAAAGCGCAAAGUAACUGAUAUUUUUAUUUCCACUUGGGCUAGACUUUUAAUCACACAGCGCAAAGUAACUGAUAUUUUUAUUUCCAUUUGUGCUAGACUGGUAAUAACACGGGCACAGUAGGACUCGGGCACAGUAGGACUCGCCUUGUUUGUCCACACACAAACAGAUGAAUGUUAUAAAAGUCAGAAGACAUAAUAAAUUAAACUGGUUGGCUUGUUGUUUUUUUUAAAUGUCUGUGAAGCACCAAAUGUUUUUGUUCUUUCUAAUGGAGACUUCUAUGAAAAGGACACGCAAAAACGACCUUCUGGUUAUCAUGGACCCAA